AUGCGGAGGGGUUAUGCUGCCAGAUUAGAUCGCAUAUACAUAACUCGUGAGAUUACAGUAGAACGUGUGCUGACGGUUGACGAAGGUUUUUCGGACCAUCGUGCCGUGUUGGCAGAGGUGGCAUGGGAUGGUAUGGCCAAGACCGCACCGGAAUCCAAGGAGUCGCCCGAAGAGUCGCCUGAGGCCGAACCCGAAAAGUCGCCAGAGGUCGAACCCGAGGAGUCGCCCGAGGCAGAGGCCGUGCCCGAACCCGAGGAGUCGCCCGAGGCCGAACCCGAACCCGAGGAGUGGCACGAGUCUGGGGCCGAACCCAAACCCGAGGAGUCGCCCGAGUCUGGGGCCGAACCCAAACCCGAGGAGUCGCCCGAGGCCGAGCCCGAUCCCGAGGAAUCGCCCGAGGCUCAGGCUGAACCUGAACCCAAAGAGUCGCCCGAGGCUGAGGCCGAACCCGAGGAGUCGCCCGAGGCCGAACCCGAACCCAAACCCGAGGCUGAGGCUGAACCUGAACCCGAACCCAAGGAGUCACUCGAGGCCGAACCCGAACCCGAGGCUGAGGCUGAACCUGAACCCGAACCCAAGGAGUCACUCGAGGCCGAACCCGAACCCGAAGAGUCGCUUGAGGCCGAAUCCGAGGAGUCGCUUGAAGCCGAGGCCGAGCUCGAACCGGAAGAGUCGGCCGAGGCCGAACCCGAACCCAAGGAGUCGCCCGAAGUCGAAGCCGAACCUAAAUUCGAGGAGUCGCCCAAGGCUGAGGUCGAACCCGAACCCGAGGAGUCGCCCAAGGCCGAGGCCGACCCGGAACCGGAAGAGUCGCUCGAGGCCGAACCCGAACUUGAUGAGUCGCCCGAAGCCGAGGCCGAACCAAAACCCGAGGAGUCGUCCGAAGCCGAGGAAAAACCCGAACUCGAGGAGUCGCCCGAGACCGAGGCCGACCUCGAACCAGAAGAGUCGCCCGAGACCGAGGCCGAACCCGAACCUGAGGAGUCGCCCGAAGCCGAGGCCAAACCCGAACCCGAGGAGUCGCCCGAGGCCGAGGCCGAUCUCAAACCGGAAGAGUCGCCCGAGGCCGAACCCAAACCUGAGGAGUCGCCCGAAGCCGAGGCCGAAACAGAACCCGAGGAGUCGCCCGAAGUCGAGGCCAAACCCGAACACGAGGAGUCAUCCGAGCCCGAGGCCGACCUCGAACCGGAAGAGUCGCUCGAGGCCGAGGCCGAACCCGAACCUGAGGAGUCGCCCGAAGCCGAGGCCGAACCAGAACCCGAGGAGUCCCCCGAAGCCGAGGCAAAACCCGAACCCGAGGAGUCGCUCGAGGCCGAGGCCGACCUUGAACCGGAAGAGUCGCCUGAGGCCGAGGCCGAACCCGAACCUGAGGAGUCGCCCGAAGCCGAGGCCGAACCCGAACUCGAGGAUUCACCCGAGAACGAACCCGAGCCCGAGGUGGACCAAGGGACAGUGUCACACCAGGAGGACCAAGGGACAGUGUCACACCAGGAGGACCAAGGGACAGUGUCACACCAGGAGGACCAAGGGACAGUGUCACACCAGGAGGACCAAGGGACAGUGUCACACCAGGAGGACCAAGGGACAGUGUCACACCAGGAGGACCAAGGGACAGUGUCACACCAGGGGACCAAGGGACAGUGUCACACCAGAGGACCAAGGGACAGUGUCACACCAGGAGGACCAUGGGACAGUGUCACACCAGGAGGACCAAGGACAGUGUCACAACCAGGAGGACCAAGGGACAGUGUCACACCAGGAGGACCAAGGGACAGUGUCACACCAGGAGGACCAAGGGACAGUGUCACACCAGGAGGACCAAGGGACAGUGUCACACCAGGAGGACCAAGGGACAGUGUCACACCAGAGGACCAAGGGACAGUGUCACACCAGGGGACCAAGGGACAGAGGACCAAGGACAGUGACACACCAGAGGACCAAGAGACAGUGUCACACCAGAGGACCAAGGGACAGUGUCACACCAGGAGGACCAAGGGACAGUGUCCACACCAGGAGGACCAAGGGACAGUGUCACACCAGGAGGACCAAGGGACAGUGUCACACCAGGAGGACCAAGGGACAGUGUCACACCAGGAGGACCAAGGGACAGUGUCACACCAGGAGGACCAAGGGACAGUGUCACACCAGGAGGACCAAGGGACAGUGUCACACCAGGAGGACCAAGGGACAGUGUCACACCAGGAGGACCAAGGGACAGUGUCACAUCAGCAGGACAAUUUGGAGGGGAUGGACACAUCCAGUAAACAUUCCUCACUGUUAAACAAAGUUGUUAAUGUGGCACUUUGUGCUUAUUCAGUGUUUCUCAUCCCUGUUGCACUGACAUUGUUCAGCGUGUGA